AACAAAAUGGACAAAGACCCCUCUGCCUACGUCGAGAUGUGUGUGGGUCAGACAACUCAGACAAGUAAGACAUGUGCCAACAGCAAGGAUCCCGUUUGGAGUCAGGCCUUCACGUUCUUUGUUUACAGCGUGGCCACAGAACAGUUAUAUCUGAAGGUGAUUGAUGAUGACCAAGAAUGUGCCCUGGGCAUUCUGGAGCUUCCCUUGAGCCAGAUCCUCACCUACGCAGACAUGACCAUUGAGCAGCGAUUUCAGCUGGACUGCUCAGGCCUGGAUAGCCUCAUCUCCAUGAAGCUGGUACUUCGGGUAAAUUUCCCUCUUUCCUGCUUCCUCUGGGCUAACAUCCUGUCUGUGUGA